GAGGUGGGCGGGCCCUGGGGUCCGCGGCGCCCAUUGGGCGUGGGGGUAAGCUCCCGGGAGGGCCUAGGGCCCCGCCCCUGGCCUUGCGGCGGCCAAUGGACGCGGCGCAUGGGCGGGGCGUCGGCGGCGUCGGCGGCGGCCCGGAGGCUGAGGCGGCUGAGGUGGCUGAGGUGGCCGCUGGGGCUGAGGCGGCGGGCGCGGCCGGGAUGGCGAAGAGCCGCGGAGAGAACGGGCCGCGCGCGCCCGCGGCCGAAGGGAGUCUUUCGGGGACCCGAGAAAGCCUGGCCCCGGGCCCCGACGCCGCAGCCGCCGACGAGCUCAGCUCUCUCGGCUCGGACUCGGAGGCCAACGGCUUCGCCGAACGCCGCAUCGACAAGUUCGGCUUCAUCGUGGGCUCGCAGGGCGCCGAGGGCGCGCUAGAGGAAGUACCCCUGGAGGUGCUGAGGCAGAGGGAGUCCAAGUGGCUGGACAUGCUCAACAACUGGGACAAAUGGAUGGCCAAGAAGCACAAAAAGAUCCGUCUGCGGUGCCAGAAGGGCAUCCCACCUUCCCUGCGGGGCCGUGCUUGGCAGUACCUGUCAGGAGGCAAGGUGAAGCUACAGCAGAACCCUGGAAAGUUUGAUGAGCUGGACAUGUCCCCUGGGGACCCUAAGUGGCUGGAUGUCAUUGAACGUGAUCUGCACCGGCAGUUCCCUUUCCAUGAGAUGUUUGUGUCCCGGGGAGGCCAUGGCCAGCAGGACCUAUUCCGUGUGCUGAAGGCCUAUACCCUUUACCGACCUGAGGAGGGCUACUGCCAGGCCCAGGCACCCAUUGCCGCUGUUCUGCUCAUGCACAUGCCUGCUGAGCAAGCCUUCUGGUGCCUGGUGCAGAUCUGUGAGAAGUACCUGCCUGGCUACUACAGUGAGAAACUGGAGGCGAUCCAACUGGAUGGGGAGAUCCUCUUCUCCCUGCUGCAGAAGGUGUCACCCGUGGCCCACAAGCACCUCAGCCGGCAGAAGAUCGACCCGCUGCUGUACAUGACAGAGUGGUUCAUGUGUGCCUUUGCCCGCACCCUGCCCUGGAGCUCUGUGCUUCGUGUCUGGGAUAUGUUCUUCUGUGAAGGAGUCAAGAUCAUUUUCCGGGUGGGGCUGGUGCUGCUGAAACAUGCGUUGGGCUCCCCUGAAAAGCUCAAAGCCUGUCAGGGCCAGUAUGAGACUAUCGAGCAACUGCGGAGCCUCAGUCCCAAGAUCAUGCAGGAGGCCUUCCUGGUCCAGGAGGUGGUAGAGUUGCCGGUGACAGAGCGCCAGAUUGAGCGUGAGCACCUCAUUCAGCUGCGGCGCUGGCAAGAGACCCGGGGUGAGCUGCAGUGCUGCUCUCCACCCAGGCUGCAUGGUGCCAAGGCCAUCAUGGAGGCGGAGCCAGGCCCUUGGCCCACCCUGCAACCUUCACCAUCCAUCCGCCUGCCCCCAGAUGCCCUGCUCCCUGGCUCUAAAGGCAAGCCCAAGCCACCCAGACAGAGCCAGAAGGAGAAGGAGCAGUGGAAGCAGGCAAAGGCAAGCGGGCAGCUGGAUAAGUCCCCAGUCCCAAGUCAAGCCAAGGUGGCAGCUGCUGCAGGAGAUACAUGUCCCCCACAGGAUGUGCCCCUGAAGGAUCCAGCCCACCAGGACCCAGCCCUGCAGGACUCAGCUACCCAGGAUUCAGCCCAUCACCGCUCCCAGGAUUCAGUCCACCACCACUCCCAGGAGAGCCUGACGUCCCAGGAGAGUGAGGACACCUACUUGUAACCCUGGCACCUCAGGCCUGUGGGGUGGGGUCUCCACACACCUACAUGGCUCACAGACUGACAUUCGAGGGCCUGCCCAUGCUCUGAGGGCCCAGCUGCCUGGCCACUGGGUGGCAGAGAGUCUGGCUGGCCCAGCACAGAGUCUGCCUGAGCUUUUUUAUUUAUUUUCUCCAGAGUGGAGCUUGGGCCAGCCCAGCUCGGUCAGACAGAAGUGAGGGCCAAUGGGCGGGGCCUCACUCAGCCCCCUUCUCCUGGGGGGAUGCUUCCCAGGGCUAGGGUGCUGUUGUGAGGAGAGAGGGUGGGGUAAAAGGUGGGGUGCUCUUUGUGUAAAAUAGAAACAUGGUUUUGUACAGAAAUAAACAGGCUUGUGUAGAGA